UAUUCAUAAUGACCGUCACAAAGCGGAUGGACAUUGAUGCUGUAUGUAAGGGUGAAGGUUUUCGCUCGUACUACAUACAAAAAAUCGAGGAAUUGCAAUUGAUUGUGGCCGAAAAGUCUCAAAAUCUAAGACGUUUGCAGGCUCAACGUAAUGAACUUAAUGCCAAGGUUCGCAUGUUACGCGAGGAACUCCAGUUGCUGCAGGAGCAAGGCAGCUAUGUCGGCGAAGUUGUCAAACCCAUGGACAAGAAGAAGGUCUUGGUAAAGGUGCAUCCAGAGGGAAAAUUCGUGGUUGACAUCGAUAAGAACAUUGACAUCAAUGAUGUUACGCCCAAUUGCCGUGUUGCUUUGCGCAAUGAAAGCUAUACUCUACACAAAAUCCUGCCUAAUAAAGUUGAUCCUUUGGUAUCGCUUAUGAUGGUUGAAAAAGUUCCCGAUUCCACUUAUGAAAUGGUUGGUGGUUUGGAUAAGCAAAUUAAGGAAAUCAAAGAAGUCAUUGAGUUGCCCGUAAAACAUCCUGAAUUGUUUGAUGCCCUGGGUAUUGCCCAACCCAAGGGUGUAUUGUUAUAUGGUCCACCUGGUACGGGAAAAACUUUACUUGCUCGUGCUGUUGCCCAUCACACCGAAUGUACAUUUAUUCGUGUAUCCGGCUCUGAGUUGGUACAGAAAUUCAUUGGUGAAGGUUCCCGUAUGGUUCGUGAACUUUUCGUUAUGGCUCGUGAACAUGCUCCCUCAAUUAUUUUCAUGGAUGAAAUCGAUUCAAUUGGUUCGUCACGUAUUGAAUCCGGUUCGGGUGGUGAUUCCGAGGUACAACGUACCAUGUUGGAGUUGCUAAAUCAAUUGGAUGGUUUUGAGGCCACGAAAAAUAUUAAAGUCAUUAUGGCCACUAAUCGUAUUGAUAUUUUGGAUCCAGCUCUGCUACGUCCCGGUCGUAUUGAUCGUAAAAUUGAAUUCCCACCACCAAAUGAGGAAGCUCGUCUGGAUAUUUUGAAAAUUCAUUCACGUAAGAUGAACCUUACACGCGGUAUUAAUUUGCGUAAAAUUGCCGAACUUAUGCCUGGUGCAUCUGGUGCUGAGGUUAAGGGUGUAUGCACCGAGGCUGGUAUGUAUGCGCUGCGUGAACGACGUGUUCAUGUGACACAAGAAGAUUUUGAAAUGGCCGUUGCCAAAGUAAUGCAGAAAGACUCCGAAAAGAAUAUGUCGAUUAAGAAAUUAUGGAAAUAAGC